AACAGACAUUAUACAUGCAGAUUGUGUUCUGAAGUUAGCCCAUUCAAGCCUUCGGGGUCAAUAUUCAAAGAGAAAUGCUAAGAUUGAAGUAUACAUCGAGAAUGCAUGCGUGGUGAAACAGAAGCUUUGGAGUGGUGCUGGAAAUUAUCGGGCUAAACAAACCUCAUGCCUCUAUCUCUGAAUUACACUAACUAGGAGGGGACUUCUACUUAGGGACUAUUCAGAUCUUGGCAACAAGGUGAGUUAAUUCGUUUGGCCACACACCAGGAUUUCCAUUGACUUCCCAUUUAAUUUCUACACGCUGCGCCGCAUCGCAACUCAAAGAUGAAACCAACCACCAAAGCAGCGGAAGAAUAAAAAUUAAGCUCUCGUGUUGACGAAUAUAGGGUUUAAAACGAAGAACCCAGAUUUGGGACCACUCCGUUGGCAAUGCUGGCCGCAACCUGCAACAAGAUUGGCAACACAAGCCCAUUAACAACGUUGCCAGAAUCCAAUGCAUUUGGGAAGGGCGGAUUUCACCCGUGGAAACGUUCUGUUUCCAAUUGUAACCUGGGAUCUGGCCUGUCGGGAUUCAGCGUGGCCAACAGCCGAGCUUCGGGCGGAAUCAGCAACAGUUUCUCCGUGAGCAAUGGUUCCGGCAACAGCGCCUUUUGUUUGGCUUCCACCUCUCCAACCUCUUCUGCUUUUGGUACCGAAUACAGUCUCUUCUCGAACUCUGUCUCAGCUACUGUUAACUCCCAAGACACGGGGCAAUCGGCGUUCAUAUCCAAAGUUCACUCUUCCGCUGAUACUCUCCAAGGGAUGUACCCGAGGGUAGGAAUGGCUCAUCCAUAUGAAUCCUGGUACAAAUCCGGUUUCCAUACCAGCAUUUCCGGCGAAGUUGGGAGCGGGGCUUCUUCCUGGUGGGACGUGCACACUAACCCCAGUUGGCUGGAAGUCCAGAAUCCCAAUGGGGGCCUGCAGCCCUCCCUUCAUUCUGGGACUCCACAGGCUUCGCUGCACUCCCAACUGAGCUCUUACAACGCAGACUUCUCUACUCUGAGCCAUUCCGCCUUCAGUUCCACCGGACUCGGUUCGACAGCUUCUCACCUGUUGUCCACUGGACAACGCCUCCUGGCCCAAGAUGGCUUCAAGCCUAUGAUCCCAUCCUAUACGGAUUCCACUUCGGCUGCAAUUACGGCGAACUCGAUGAUUUCGGGUCCUUCAGGACUAGGAAGUUCGGCCAGGUCCUCCCGACGUUAUUCUGGCCGAGCAACUUGUGAUUGCCCCAACUGCCAGGAGGCCGAGCGCCUUGGACCUGCCGGGGCCAGUCUCCGGAGAAAGGGCCUCCAUAGCUGUCACAUUCCAGGAUGCGGUAAGGUCUACGGCAAGACUUCUCACCUUAAAGCCCACUUGAGGUGGCACACUGGCGAGAGGCCCUUCGUCUGUAACUGGUUGUUCUGCGGUAAACGGUUCACCCGAUCAGACGAGCUGCAGAGACAUUUGAGAACCCACACGGGGGAGAAGCGCUUCGCCUGUCCCGUCUGCAACAAACGGUUCAUGAGGAGCGACCAUCUAAGUAAACACAUCAAAACACACAGCGGCGGCGGGGGCAAAAAGGGCAGCGACAGUGACACCGACACCAGCAACUUGGAGACUCCUAGAUCAGAGUCACCAGAUAUCCUCAUGGAAGCUGUACACUCCAAUAGAGCAAUCAAGACAGCUACUCCGGUACAAAAUGAUUCCUAAAUCUAACCCCCUGAAAGGGGGAACGCAUUAAAACUUUUGUGUCCAAAAUAACUAUUAGGUACCUGGAGUUCCAAGCCCUAUUCUAUCACGGAAGCUGCAUCUUAAAAGGAGGUGAGCAAAUGUACAUCAAAUGCUUGGGACUUGUUUCUCCCUGUAUGAGGCUGUUUAAAAUUCUAUGUACAGAAGAAGUUCAGAACGUCUUGUGUUUUCUCUUUUUUCUUGUAAAUGGUUGAUAAAGCUAUUUUGUGACCUGGUCGCAUUUGAUUUGGGGAGAUUUUUAAGUUCAAUGCACUUUGUGAAAGUCAAUAUGUAAUAGAUUAUUGAAUAUUAAUCAGCUCAUUCACAUACUAUAUGAACAGCAAAACUGCGCUGCAUAUUUUAAAGGAAGUAUUAUAUGCAUUUAUCUGUAUAAAUAAAUUGUGCAA